UUGCGUGAGCAGUGAGGACACGAAGCGAGCGAGACCCAGAGAACAGAAGAGAAGAGAGAGAGAGAGAGAAGAGAGAGAGAGAGUGUGUAUCAUCGUGCAUGUGCAUUAACUUAGCUAACAGGCAGCAGCAGCAACAGCUGAGAGAUAUAUAGAGAGAAAGACAGAGAGAGAGAGAGAGAGAGAGAGAGAGAGAGAGAGAGAGAGAGAGAGAGAGAGAGAGAGAGAGAGAGAGCGAGAGGAAAAUAAGACCAGGCACAAGGAAACAAAAGCUGCAGAGAGAGAGAGAGAAAGAGACUGUUCCCAUCUUGCCCUCCACUAAAAGAACAACGGAGGAGGAGGAGGAGGAAGAAGACAAAAGGAAGAAGAGGGUAGCGUACAGAACUGAACCUACUGGAACUGAAUUCAUAGGCUCUUUUUCAUUACCCUCCUCCAUGUUUUAGGUGGGAUUCUACACUAGUGCAUUUGAUUGCUGCCUUCUUCAUCAUUGAAAAGAAAGAAAGAAAAAGAGAAAGAAAGCGUGAAAGAAAGGAAUAAAGAGAGAAAGAAAGAGAGGAGGAUGUCGGGAAAGAAGGAGUUUGAUAUGAAACAGAUCCUCAGGCUGCGUUGGCGCUGGUUUAGUCAUUCAUCCCAGAGUUCUGCCGGUGGAGGAGGAGGAGGAGGAGGAGGAGGAGGAGGAUACCUCCAGGAGAGCUUUGAUCACAGAGGGACCCCAGUCCAGGGCAGGCUGAAGAAUCACUCCCGGGACAGAGGUGGCAGUGGAGGGGGAUUCCGGAAGCAGAACAGCAACAGUCCGGUCCAUAGUAUCCUGGCCCCCACGCCUGUCUAUGUCAGAGCCAGUAAUCAAUCAUGGCAACAGCAGAAUAUUAUUCAGCACCUGCAGCAGCAAGGUGGCCACGAGCUGCCUAAGAACAGCAGCUCACCUAACAACACCAGGAAGGAGGACUGCUCCAAGAGCAGCCAGGAGAAUGUGAAGAGUGUUGAAGAGUCCUUAGAGGCGGAUGCAAGACAUAGGAUGAGCUCCAACGGCUCGGAUGAGUUCUUCCAGGCUACAAACCAUGCGGAAGAGACCUUUCGCAAGAUGGAGACCUAUCUUCAGCACAAGCAGCUGUGUGAUGUUGUCUUGAUAGCAGGAGAUCAUAAGAUCCCGGCUCACAGACUGGUCCUCAGUGCAGUAUCUGACUACUUUGCUGCCAUGUUCACCAGCGACGUGAGAGAGGCCAAACAGGAGGAGAUCAAGAUGGAGGGGGUGGAUCCAGAAGCCUUGAGAUCUCUGGUCCACUUUGCCUACACUGGUGUCCUUGAAUUGAAGGAGGAGACCAUAGAGAGUCUAUUGUCUGCAGCCUGCCUUCUGCAGCUCUCACAAGUCAUUGAGGUCUGCUGUAACUUCCUCAUGAAACAACUCCAUCCAUCCAACUGCCUGGGGAUACGCUCCUUCGCUGACGCCCAGGGAUGCAUGGAUCUGCUCAACGUGGCCCACAACUACACUAUGGAGCACUUCCCAGAGGUGAUUCAGAACCAGGAGUUUCUCCUGCUUCCUACUGCUGAGAUCGUCAAACUCUUGGCCAGUGACGACAUAAACAUACCAGAUGAGGAGACCGUCUUCCAGGCUCUGAUGAUGUGGGUGCGGUUUGACGUUCAGCAUCGCCAGCAGGACAUUGGGGUGCUCCUGGCCGAAAUCCGCCUGCCUCUUCUACCUCCACAGGUACUCCUAGCUGACCUGGAGAACAACACCAUGUUCUCAGAUGACCUGGAAUGCCAGAAGCUUCUAAUGGAAGCCAUGAAGUACCAUCUGCUGCCAGAGCGUCGCCUCAUGUUCCAGAGCCCCAGGACCAAACCCAGGAAGUCCACCGUAGGAGUACUCUACGCUGUGGGAGGCAUGGACGCUACCAAGGGAUCUACGACCAUAGAGAAGUAUGACCUGCGGACCAACACGUGGAUCCAGGCGGGGGUGAUGAACGGCCGGAGGCUGCAGUUCGGGGUGGCAGUGAUCGACGACAAGCUGUACGUGGUGGGGGGCCGAGACGGGCUGAAGACUUCCAACAUGGUGGAGUGUUACAACCCUUUAAACAAAGUCUGGUCCACCAUGCCUCCUAUGUCUACACACAGACACGGACUCGGUAUAACAGUGUUGGAGGGCCCCAUGUAUGCAGUAGGCGGCCAUGAUGGAUGGAGUUACCUGAAUACGGUGGAGAGGUGGGACCCCCAGGCUAAACAGUGGAACUACGUGGCCAGCAUGUCCACCCCACGCAGCACCAUGGGAGUCACCGCACUCAACGGGAAAUUGUUUGCAGUUGGCGGUCGGGACGGGAGCUCAUGUCUGCGGUCGAUGGAAUGCUUUGAUCCACACACCAACAAGUGGAGUAUGUGUGCCCCCAUGGCGAAGCGGAGAGGAGGGGUGGGUGUGGCCACGUACAACAGCUUCCUCUAUGCUGUGGGUGGUCAUGAUGCCCCGGCGUCCAACCACUGCUCCAGGCUAUCAGACUGUGUGGAGAGGUAUGAUCCCAAAACAGACACAUGGACCACGGUGUCCUCGCUGAGUGUACCCAGGGAUGCUGUAGGUAUCUGUCUGCUAGGAGACAGGCUAUAUGCUGUCGGAGGAUACGAUGGAACGUCCUACCUGAACACUGUUGAGUCCUAUGAUGCACAGAACAAUGAAUGGACUGAGGAGGUCAAUCUCAACAUUGGAAGGGCUGGUGCCUGUGUUGUAGUUGUGAGAAUACCUUAAGGACUACAACUCCCUACAACCCCCUGGAAUGCCACACAGAACACAUGAUAUGAUGUCACCACGGAUGUCGUCACUGAGAAUGUUUUUCCUUCAGUUUUUCUACUGUAAAGACUAACCUCGACUGCAUUCCUCACAAACCAAUGUUUCCAUUAACAGUGAUUUUCAUUGUCCACUUGAAAGUAUUUUAUCUUUGAUUAUAAGAACGUACUUUACCAUAUCUAAAGAUCAAGUAAGUGGUUAGUUGUGGUUAAAAAUAUUAGGAAACUCUGCCACACUCUCCUUGGUCUGGUUACUCUGUUAAAAUGCUCGAUCAGAAAAUAAUGAUCAGAAAAUAAAGAUCAGACAAUAAUGUUCUCUAUAUCAUACAAUGAAAUAAAUUACAUUUAUUAAUUGAUACUUUUACAUAAAUACAGCAACAUUUCAUAUUUGUCUCAUCACAUAAUAUUUUUGGGGGAUUUAUACUCCUAGGUAUAUCUCUCUUUUAGCCACCUGAAAAUUAAAUGUACUUUUUCUAUUUUUACUACAUCUCUGUUGCUAAACUGGAUUUCUACUCUUGGACAAAACGUUUUGAAGAAGGAUCACUGUGAAUAAUACUGAAGAUGAAGAGUUUGCAAAGUGCAAUACCGGGUACGUUCUACCAGAACAAUUUGAGAAAGUUACUCAUGUUGCUCAACAACUGUGAGCUGGAUAUAGUUAUUUUCGAAAGGAAAGAUGUCUAACAAAAAGUUUUCAAAAAGUUUUUUUUUUCUUGGAAGCUCUAUCUGAAUUACACCAAAGUCAUUACCCAGUCUUAGAAAUGUUUUGUACAUGUUUUAAAAAUAUAUACAAAUAUAUCAUAUUGAUAUUUCGCAUUACUACAAAGAUUUUAGUAGGUUUGCUAAAAUUGCAGUCAUCUUUAUAACAUCAUGUCAUGCCUAAACAAAUGCAUUACUGUCAUCUCCAGUGUUUCUUUUUAUAUUUUGGCAUGCUAGUUAAUAUUAAUUUGUAAUUAAACAA